UUCUUGUCUGUGAAUUACGACACAUUCUUGUCAUCCAAAUGUAAAAGGACACCGCUUCCUGGUGUGGACUAAUAGUACUGGACCGAUGAUAGAAGAGCUGGAGCUGCUCGUGUCGGUGAAGUCCAUGGUGUCAAGUUGUGAUUUAUGAUUCUGCGGAUAUCGUAAGAGACAUCGUAUCUAGUUGGAGGAAUGUCAGCCGUAAACAAAUCUGCAGAAGAUGGCGGCGCGUUCUCGUCAAAGGUCAUCAACAUCGUGUUUAUCAUCCUGCUGCUGGACCUGCUGGGAUUUACACUGAUUCUGCCUCUCCUGCCUUCAAUUUUGGACCACUAUGCACAAACAGGGGAUGUCGUCUAUCAGUCUCUGCAGAGUGUCGUGGACUGGUUCAGGGAGGCGGUUGGAAUUCCUAUGGAGAAGAAGUACAACAGUGUCCUGUUUGGAGGUCUGAUUGGGUCACUGUUUUCUCUGCUGCAGUUCCUGUCAUCCCCUAUAACCGGGGCCCUGUCAGACCGCUAUGGCAGACGACCCCUACUUCUUCUUACCACAUUAGGGCUGAUGUCCUCCUAUGCCGUCUGGGCCGUUUCCCGGAGUUUCAGCAUGUUCCUUCUGUUUCGAGUCAUUGGGGGCAUUUGCAAGGGCAACGUCAGCCUCUGCACUGCCAUCAUGGCUGACCUGCCUUGCCCAAAAGCACGGAACCGAGGAAUGGCCAUGAUCGGCAUUGCCUUCUCUCUGGGCUUCACUGUUGGACCUCUGAUGGGGGCCUACUUCGCCAUCGGCUCCAAAACGACAGGAAACGUCUUCUAUCAAACUCCGGCUCUGCUCGCCUUGGCCUUCAGUGUCGCCGAUCUGCUCUUUAUUUGGCUCACGCUGCCAGAGACGCUCUCAAAGGACGUCAAGGGGUCGUCUUCAGGGUUCGGGGACUCCAGGGACCUCCUGAGCCCGUUAGCUUUGUUCCAUUUUUCAGCUGUUACCAGAACAGAAGAUCCACCUUCAAAAGAAAGAAUGCAGAAGCUUCAGGUGUUGGGUCUGGUUUAUUUCUGUUACCUCUUCCUGUUCUCUGGUCUGGAGUUCACACUGAGUUUUCUGACUCACCAGCGUUUCCACUUUACAAGUAUGCAGCAGGGAAAGAUGUUCUUCUUCAUUGGUGUCAUCAUGGCUUUGAUCCAGGGAGGGUACGCUCGCAGAAUCAAACCUGGGCAGCAUAUCAAAGCUGUUCGUAUGGCAAUCAUGGCACUGAUCCCAGCGUUUAUACUCAUUGGGCUUUCAUGGAAUAUAACAACUCUCUACGUCGGCUUGGCGCUGUACUCUUUUGCGGCUGCAAUAGUAGUUCCAUGCCUGUCGACGCUCGUCUCUGACCACGGCUCAGCCAAUCAGAAAGGCACAGUGAUGGGGAUCCUGCGUAGUUUGGGCGCUCUUGCAAGAGCACUGGGUCCAGUCGUGUCAUCCUCCGUUUACUGGAUAGCUGGAGCACAGACCUGUUUUCUGUUCACAUCAGCCUCUUUCAUUAUACCUCUGGCUUUACUGAGCACAGCUAGAAGACUGAAGGAGGAGUGAACGACUUGAAAGACUUUAAAGAACUCCGUUAAUGCUGUUUCUCCACAAAGAGACUCUGAUUGCAGAGACAUUCUUGUUUUUUACUGCUUCAUUGAAUGUUAUGAUGUUUACAUCUGCUGGGAAAAGCAAGCACUGAAUUAUUACUUUAUUACAAGCAGAAAUAAUGAAGAUGUGUGCAUUUUAGCGCCGUUCGUCAAGUAUCAUCAUGUGAAAGAAGAUGAUGCAAGAAAUGAUGCACGUGCCAAAACAUGGGGAUUUGUAGAAGGGAAGUGUGAAAAGAAGGGUCAUGAUGCCUUUCAUGUGCACAUUUAGACCUACACAUAUUACGGCACACAUGGGUGAGGGUGAAUUACAAAUAGCAUUAUGCUUGUGAAAUAUAGUUAUCACUUUGUACCGCAGUAUUUUAUCAAUCACUCUGAUUUUAUAUUUUAAUAAAGUAGUUUUAUUUAGCUCUUUUCAUAAAUGUUGAUAUUCUAUUUUCUUGUAAUUAAAGUGAAUAAACAAACAAGUCAAUGUU